CGAACACCUUCCCGGGCUCUAGAUUCAUGUUGAAUAGAAACUCAAACGUCACGCGCCUCAUCCGCGGCGGCAUCCCUCGGCAGCCAACCACGCGCCGUGGCCGCCCAUUUCGCGCGCCGCUUCGCCGCAAGGCGACUGGCGCGCAGCCGCCGUGGGCGCCGCACGGUUACGUGGUCUCCGAGACGCCGCACGAGUACAGGUAUGCGCUGCAGCUGGCGUCGGCGGCGGCGGGCGCGUCCUACAUGCUCGGGCUUCGCGCCCGCUCGGCCGUGCCCUCCUCUGUCCACCGCGCCGCCGACGCGUACGCGAGAGCAAACACCGAGCGGCCGCUGCUGACGAGAGCAGUUACCACGGCGGUGCUUGCAGCCAUCGGAGACCUCCUGGCGCAGUCCGUCGCGUCCGCGCCGCGCGCCGAGGCCUCCUCCGCCGGCCCCUCCUCCUCCUCCGGCGGCGGCGGCUGCGACUUGCGCCGCACCGCGGUGAUGGCUGGCUGGGGCGGCGUCUGCGCAGGGCCGUUCAACCACUUUUGGUACAACUGGCUGGAGAGGGCGGUUGUGCUGCGGAAUCCGAUGCACGCGGUGGGGCUCAAGAUCGCGCUCGACCACGUCGCGUACGCGCCCGUCCUCGUCGGCUUCUUCGCCUGGACGGACCUUUUCCAGGGCCGCGCCGCGACGCCGCACGACGCCUUGCGGCAGGCCGUCUGCUCGGAGCACCUCGCGCCCACCUUGCGAGCGAACGUGGUGGCGUGGACGGCGGUGCACGCGCUCACCUUCACGGUGGUGCCGCCGCCCUACCACGUCCUCUGGGUGUCGGUCAACUCCGUCUUUUGGAGCGCCUACUGCUCGUCCGUCUCGGAGGGCGGCAGCAUAUGAGCCCCCCUCGUCGAACUUACUUCCCAUGCCCCAUGCCACCCACUUGCCUCGCCGGUGGCUCUCUGUUGCUCGCGCCCAGCGCGCGGGCUCGAGGCCCCGUCCGAGGGACACCCCUCCCCUCGUACGUCCGGCGCGGCCGCGCCUCCAAAGAAGAGAGAGCGACGCUGAGAGCCCGCCGCACCGCACCUGUGUCAGAUCCCGCUUGUCUUUCACGUACCCGUGUGUGUGCGCGGUGCAGUGGUAUCUUCUUCAGCCCGUGUUAUUGUACAAGAAAUGCGAUGUAACACUU